AUGCCACUUACCGUGGCAAUUGCUUUCCGGACAUUAUCGGCCUUUAUGCUGUCCCGUCUCAAAGUUUUGCAUUCUGUUCAGCAACGACCUAUUUGGCGAGCUUCUAGCGAGGGUAAUAACAAGGCUUUCGCUGUCAAAAACAUCUUUCAAUGCUCGCAAGGAUGCACACCAGUAUAUUGGGAUCCUAAAUCGUACAGCGAAAUGGAUCCGAUAAUGACGAAUAUUGAAUUCCUUACAGGCAGUUCUACAAGAAACGCUCAUCAUGCAUUUAUACAAAUUUAUCACAGUCAUAAUAAGAAAUUUGACCAUCGAGCAUUCCUUAGCUCAAACUUAUUGCCGGAUGGCGGAUGCAUCGAUGCCUGCUUACCUUCUUGA